AUGGAUAUCAAAAUUUUUAACUAAAUCUAAUUAAAUAGCUACUAAAAUGCUAAAAAUAGUAAUUAAUAAGUUUUUACAAUUUAAUUGUUUCUCGAUAUUGCUGAGAGUUUUGCACAGCAAAAAGGUGAACUAAUUGCUAAAGAUAUACAUUUUUUAACUGAAUGCUACUCUAAAAAUAUAUACUAGAGCGAAGAGCUUCUCUACAGUGAAGAUAGAUAGAUGGUGGAAGAAAGUGAUUCAAGCAAACAGAUACUUUAGAUGAUCUUUCAUGCUAAAAAUUCUAAUCUAAUGAAAAAUAUAUUGAAAUCUUUCUAGAGAUUUGUUGAAAAUGAAAAGGAUUCAAAAAUCUAAUAGUUAUUUUGCAGGUUAGCAAAAGUCACUUAUGGCUAUCCUCAGCUAUGCAAAUUUAUUAAAUUCAGUCUAAAAAACUAAGGAAAAAGAUGGAAUAUGAAGGCUAAAAAUUUGGUUGAGAAGUCAAAUUUGAAACCCUUGUUUUAAUACUACUUAACAGAUAUUAACUAGUUAUGGCUAGAUAACAGCAAAGUUAUAAAUAAGAAAUAACAUGAAGAAUUAAGUUAAUUUCUACUAAAAUAUAUUGAGAACCCAAAAUAAUGUUAGGAAAUAAGAUUUUACCAGAAAAAGAAAUCAAUUAUUAAAAAAUUAUAUUGA